UGUAAAACAAUAACAAUCAAUUAAAGAGAUAACAUAGGAAAUGAGUUCUGCUAUAACAAAAAGCGACUCCAAGACUUCCCUGCUGAAAUGCGGAGCGACGAGAGGAGACUUUCACGUGGGAAAUGCGCCCCGCAGGCGAGGCUACCGCGAAGGUAGGGACUCAGAUGCUGAACGCGGCCAGUGGAGCGACGCGGCCGAGGAGCAGCCGCCGGCGGGAGGUUCGGCCAGGGGAGCCGGCACCGCGGCGGCAGGAGACGCGAAACCGUCCAGGAAGCGAGGCACGGGCGGCAAGCCGCAGGCAGCCGGCGGCCGAGGGGAGCGGGGGGAAGGGCAGGGGCAAGCGGGCGAGCGCAAGAAGCGGGCACCGGGCAGCAAGGUGGCUCGGUGCAGGAAGGGCGCGUUGGAGAGAAGCGGCAGCGAGUGCUCGCUCCUCAGCGGCUCGGCGUCGCCCUCCUCGUCCAAAUCCAGCAAGGCCAGCUUCCAGUCGGUGGACGUCGACCCCGGUUUGAGCCCCAUGUUGGACUCGGUGUUCGGUCAGGACAGAGAACUAGGUGCAGAAGAAAUUGAAGAGUUCCAGAAGAUUAUGUCCCACAUAGCCUUCACAAGAGGAACUGACAUUGAGCUAAGAGAUGCGUUCAAAGAAUUUGAUAAGGACAAGGAUGGUUUCAUUGGCUGCAAAGAUCUGGGCAACUGUAUGCGGACAAUGGGCUACAUGCCAACUGAGAUGGAGCUGAUUGAACUCUCCCAGCAAAUUAACAUGAACUUGGGUGGUCACGUUGAUUUUGAUGACUUUCUGGAAUUGAUGGGACCCAAGCUUUUGGCGGAAACAGCUGACAUGAUCGGAGUGAAAGAGCUACGGGAUGCUUUCAAGGAGUUUGACACAAAUGGAGAUGGGGAGAUCAGCACAACAGAACUUCGUGAAGCCAUGAAGAAAUUACUCGGCCAACAGAUUGGACACCGGGACAUUGAAGAAAUACUGAAAGAUGUUGAUUUGAAUGGUGAUGGACGUGUUGACUUUGAAGAGUUUGUCCGGAUGAUGUCUCGCUGACUAGGAAAAAACACUUUCUGGACCAAGAUGGCAAAUAGCCACCAAAUUACACAAACUGAUGCAGUGUCUCCACGCUGUUCUUGAGACUAUUAAACAGACUUGCUGGCUAAGGAGCAAAACCUUUUCUGUUCCAAACUACUGAAGAAAUACCAAGUGUCCAUCAUGCUGGGGCAUUGCAUUACAAACUGAAACUCUUUCUACUCUCAUGCUGCCUGGAUUUCACAUUAAACAUCGUCCCAGAAUCAUAUACAAGUGAUUCCCCACCAAGGAUUGUACAUAUAAACGUGGUGGUGAGAUUAUUCUUUAAGUGUGCAGUGCUCAAAAUAAAAUCACUAACAUAAUUGACAGGUGAAAUGUAAAGUUGUAACAAGCUGUUUAUAGUUCAUCAGUCUUUUAUGAGGCUUUACAGGACUUAGCCUUCAGCUAAACAGAAUAUCAGGGAUAAGAAUUGUUUUGUGUCUGUACUAAUCACACUGACGCAUUUCUAUUUAAUUUGUCUCUGUGAGGUUAAUGCGACAUUCAAACACAUGAGUUGAUAGUUCCAUUGAAAUACCAGAGACGGGAAAUUAAUGCAUUCUCGCAUUAACCAAAGUCCUAAAAUAGCUUCAGAGAGGAAAUGAGACCUCCAGCUGCUGGUAGGUUUUGUGGUGGUAGGUUGAGCUAUGAAAUCCCAGGAUAUCAUGCUUGUAAACGCAAUGGAGAUGCUUCACAACUGUCCCCAUUACUUUGCACUAGAGAGAACCAGUGACAUUUUCUUCAUGGUUUGAAUUGGAUUGAACUCUCCCAUCCAUUUCCAGUGAUGAUCUGGAGUGCAUGGCCUAAAAAAGCAUCGGAAACAGAUUCGGUCAUAAAUUUCAGAAGACAGUUGAAGAGGUAAACUUUGCAAGGGUGCACAGAAAAAGUACAGUUGUGAGACAAC